AUGCCUCAGGGAACCUGGGACGACGAGCGACACAAGAAGCUCUUGCUUGCCAUUCUAGUGAACCACCCGAAGCUCGACUUCGAGGCCAUCUCAAAGACCAUGGACGAUGGCACCAAAGCCGCCUCAAUUCGUGAGCACAUCCGCCAGUUGAAGAUGCGCGUCGAUUCUACCAACAACACCCCCAGCUCCACUCCCGCCAAGAAGGAGAUGGUCAUCAAGCCCAAUGCUACCCGUGCCAAGGUUAAAAAGACCGAGCCUCGCACUAAGCGCCGACGCAUCACAUCUACAGUUGCUGACCUCGGCUGGGGCUACGUGAGUGAUGAGGCGGAGCUCGAACUUUCUGAGGCUGCAAUUCCAAGCAAGACCUCGAAGAUCAAGAGUGAGCCCGUGGACGACACCAACCUCACCGACGAUCCCACAGCUAAGCCUACAGUUGAGUCUGAGCAUGAAUCUGGUCUCCAGACCCGAGGAGAGCCCGAGUUUGAGCUGGAAUUUGAGGCUUGA